AUGCGGAGCGGGAACGGCACGUCCUCCGUGUCGCACUUCGUGCUGGCGGGGCUGCCCCACCCCCCGCAGCUGGGCGCCGCGCUCUUCCUGGCCUUCCUCCUCAUCUACGUCCUCACCGUGGCGGGCAACGGGCUCAUCAUCCUCACCGUCCUGCUGGACGCGCGGCUGCACCGGCCCAUGUACUGGUUCCUCUGCCACCUGUCCUUCCUGGACAUGACCAUCUCCUCCGCCAUCGUCCCCAAGAUGCUGGCCGGCUUCCUCCUGGACAGCAGGCUCAUCUCCUUCGGGGGCUGCGUGGUGCAGCUCUUUGCCUUCCACUUCCUGGGCUGCACCGAGUGCUUCCUGUACACGCUCAUGGCUUACGACCGCUUCCUGGCCAUCUGCAAGCCCCUGCGCUACGCCGCCAUCAUGAGCCGGCGCGUGUGCAACCUCCUGGCGCUGGGCACGUGGCUGGGGGGGACGCUGCACUCGCUCUUCCAGACCAGCUUCAUCUUCCGCCUGCCCUUCUGCGGCCCCAACCGCGUCGACUACUUCUUCUGCGACAUCCCGCCGGUGCUCCGCCUGGCCUGCGCCGACACCGGCCUCAACGAGCUGGUCACCUUCGUGGACAUCGGCUUCCUGGCCCUCACGUGCUUCGCGCUCAUCCUCACCUCCUACGGCUACAUCGUGACCGCCAUCCUGCGCAUCCGCUCGGCCGAGGGCCGCCGCCACGCCUUCUCCACCUGCGCCGCGCACCUCGCCGUGGUCUUCGUGUACUACGUGCCCUGCACGUUCAUCUACCUGCGGCCCGGCUCCCGCGAGCCCCUGGACGGGGUGGUAGCUGUUUUCUACACCGUCAUCACCCCCUUGCUGAACCCCAUCAUCUACACGCUCCGCAACAAGGAGAUGAAGGCCGCGCUGCGGAGGCUGGGCGGCGUCGGGAACGUGCAGCCCCGCUGA